AUGACGAGUUACACUCAGGCCAAGGUAGAGGCUGAAGAUGAACCUCAAGGUGCAGUUAGUUCAGGAAAAUUUCAGAAGCAAUCUCCUUCUGGUUUUCCGUCACCAGUUACCUUGACACAAGCCCCAAGGUUACCAUCCUUCUCAGGUGAACAGAAGGGCGAGACUUCAUUCGAAGUCUGGAAGUACCAAGUUGAAUGUUUGCUACAGAACAAAUCGUUGUCUCAACAAGUUGUUGCCAAUACUGUGCAGCAUUCUUUACGCGGGAAGGCAGCCACUAUUGCUAUGUGCCUAGGGCCAGAAGCUGAUUUAAAACAGCUCAUCUCAAAGUUAGAAAGUAUUUUCGGCAGUGUUGACAGGAACCAGUCAUUGUUAGCAUGCUUUUAUGGUGCACGCCAGGGAGAGUCAGAAGAUGUUGCUGUAUGGGAUUGUAGGCUCGAACACCUACUGAACCAGGCUGCAACACAGGGAUCCAUCCCACUAGAGACCAGGAGUGAGAUGUUGAGGACCCAGCUAUGGUCAGGAUCUAAACCAGAUCUGCGAGAUCUGACAGCACAUGUAUUUGACCAGGGCAACAGUUAUGAAGAUCUCCUACGAGCUCUUCGGCGAGCAGAGGCUGACUUACAGCAAAGGGGAGCAAGGACUGGGAAGAAGGGUGCAACCCCCAAUAUGGCCGCUGUAGCAGUCCAGGGAUCCAGAGAUGAAGGAGAUCAAGGGGAUCUUGAAACAGUUAACAACUGA